ACGCAGUUCUCUUCUAUUGUCUAUUCUUCAACUUGGCCAGCCAGCUUGACCACUUUCAACUUGAGAUACCCCCGAUAUUCAACUUCGAUUCUUGUUCAACUUCUUCCCGCCUAGUUUGCGGAGUUCUGUCGAUUGGUCAUCGACAUAUUACGUAUCAUACGAUCCUCUGAAUUGUUACUUGCGAGUCUAUACUCACGGUCACGGAUCUCACGAUGAUGUUCAUCACCGUUUUCACCUCCCUUGCCCUUUUCUUGGGCCAAGGUCUCGCUCAGGAUGCUGGCCUCCUGCCUUGUGCUUCGGGUUGCGUCAAUGGCGUCUUCGCCAAUUCAGCCGCCAUGGGAUGCGCCAUGAAUGAUCGCCUCUGUGUCUGCGGAAAGGGUGCUGAUUUCUCGGACGGCAUCCGCGAUUGUAUCAACCAGGCAUGCCCCAGCGAUGUAGCUGCAGCACAGAUUACGAUCGCUCAGGGUUACGGUAACAAUGAAUGCCAAGCCGCAUCAUCUGCAGCGGGUGCUCUGCCUUCUCCUACACCGGCCCCUAGUACGCCGGCCUCUUCCGCUAACCCUCAACCUACCGAGCAGGCUGCUGAGUCCGUUUCCUCGACCACAGCUGCGGAAACUACUAAGGCCCCUGAGCCAAGCCCAAGUUCUACCUCCGAGUCGGGCUUCUCUGCUGCAUCGGUUGAAUCGACUGCUUCCAGUUCGACCCCCGCUGCUACUGAGUCAUCAGCACCUGCGAAGACUUCCGCAGCUACCUCUUCAUCAGUACCGUCAGCUACUACUAGUAAUUCAGCCGUCGCCGCCGGAGCGACAUCAUCGGCAGAGAAGACUGAUGAAGGAUCAUCCUCCAGCCAGGAUAGCGGUUUGAGUGUUGCCGCAAGAGCCGGGAUUGGCGCAGGUGUUGGUGUUGCAGCAGUUCUAGUCAUGAUCAUCGCCUUCUGUCUUCUCCGUCGCCGAUCAAAGACACCCGAACCAGAGCGCGCCCAGACUAUGCAGAUCUCGCAGCCUCUUCCAGGAUCUGGACGACAGUUCGCCGAAGGUGUCCGCCUACCCGACCCUACUUUGUCUAAGGACUUUACGCCGUCGGCACCAUCACCAGAGCCCGCGGGACGCACCCCUUCGCCUAUGGCCCGUCCGUAUUCGCCAUCCACCGCGUCGUAUGCCUCGGAACUUGAUGCCAAUGCGCGCCCCUAUGAGGAUCUGUCGCCGCGAACGCAGCCCCGAACUAUGAUUUAAUCGACACCCCAUGCGCACGAGUCUACGCAUCAACCUAUUUCCGAUUAGGAUUUCUUUGUUGAGUCUGCGGAUGCUUUUUCAUGAGCUAGGAACCCGAUAUCCAAGCCAUCCCUUCCAAGGAUUUAUUGCGGAUGGUUGCAGCAUGGACUCGGUUCGUUUUCGUGGUAAUCCCGCUGGUGUUCUAACGACCUACUUUGGAGGCCGAAAAGAGAGAAGUGUUUCUCCAGUUUAAUCGCACCGAUUUACGUACGAGAGAUGGGACUGGUAAUUACAAU